AUGACCCAUCGCUCUGAGUGGGACUCUGAUUGUGAAAUUAUAUGGACACAGUGUCAGUUGGCUGGAAUAAGAACUGCAAAAUCUAUCUACUUCGGGUCUUACUAUCGACCAAAUAUAUCUGAUAUGAAAAGUCUUGAAGAGCUAAAUACAUCGUUAUUGAAAAUGGGAGCUGCUUUACAUAAGAACAAUGUAAUCCUCAAUGGCGAUUUCAAUGCACCAGACGUCAAUUGGGAUAAUCCACUCGACCAAGACGAUUUAACUAUAGCGUCUAAAAGGCUCCUGGAGGUACUUGAUGACAAUGACUUAAUCCAGUUUGUCAAAGAGCCGACUAGGCGACAAGGGACCACUCAAAUUAUCUUGGACCUCGUCUAAUCGAAUAAUAAGGAUAUUAUCGGCGGAGUCAAAGUCAUCGAUGGUAUAAGUGACCAUGAUAUUGUCCUAUUUACUGUCAAGACAUUUUGCCAGCGGAAACGAAAUGUUAAACGUAAAGUUUACAUUAAGAAGAAAGCUGAUUCUGCUCGUAUCAAGCAAGAGCUGCAAACAUUAAUUACGACUCAGCAUCAGGAACCUAAUUCAAGCGAUGUGUCAGUUGACAAGAUGUGGGCGGACUUUGAAGGAAAUAUCCGACGUAUAAUGGAUACUUGUAUACCUCACAAAAUGUCCAGUUCAAGAUACAACCUCCCCUGGUUCAACCGCUUACUUAGAAGGAAAACAAUAAUUAAACAGCGUCUUUACAAUAAGGCAAAGAAAUCAGGAAACCCUGCACAUUGGAAUGAAUUUCGGACUGCUAGGAAACGACUGCAAAAGGACUUGAAGUCUACAAGAGAAACGUAUAUUUCAGAUUUCCUGGGAACUGCGAUAGAAGAAAAUCCAAAGCGCUUUUGGUCGUGUAUUAAACAAUUAAAAAAUGAGGAUCCUGGCGUAGCUGACUUCAAAGUUGAUGGCAGAAUUAUAAGUGACGGGAAUUUGAAAUCGGAACUCCUGAGUAAACAGUUUUCUAGUGUGUUUACAGACGAAAAUCCUAAUAAUAUUCCUCCCGUCGGUCUAGACCCGAAACCGAGCAUUGGCGCCAUUAUUAUUACAAUUCCAGGUGUCAUUAAACAGUUACAGUCCUUGAAACCACAUAAAGCAAGUGACCCAGAUGAGAUACCCCCGUGGUUUCUUAAAGAAUAUGCAACGGAAAUUGCCCCUAUGUUGGCAGCAAUUUUUCAAACCUCCAUCGAUAGUGGAUGUACACCAUCUAAAUGGAAACAUGCUAAUGUGUGUGGUGUGCAUAAGAAUGGUCCCAAAUCAGAUCCCGCAAAUUACAGACCUAUUUCACUAACCUGCAUAUCAUCAAAGGUCCUCGAACAUAUUAUUCAUAGUCAUGUGAUGAAACACCUAGAACAACACGCGAUUCUCACAGAUGUACAACAUGGAUUCAGAGCAAGACGAUCCACAGUAACGCAAUUAAUCCUGGCGAUUCAUGAUAUGGCCAAGGCGAUCCAAGCCGCAGUAUUAGACUUUAGCAAGGCCUUCGAUAACGUUCCUCACAAACGUCUUAUUAUUAAGUUACAGUAUUAUGGAAUCCAUGGAUCCCUGCUUCGUUGGUUUUGA